AUGUUAACGUUAUCGGCAAAGAGUGAAACACUAGUCAAUGAUUUUAAUGAUCUAUCGAUUAAGAAUGAUAUUUAUGACUCGCAUAAGAGUCUCAUAAUCAACGAGAUCGACGACGGUGCAGAUUGCGAAAAUUGUCCGAGUCAGUGUCCGGGAUUUAAAGCACACGAAUGGAGGAAGACAUGUCAGGCUUGCAAAUGUCCACGAGAGAAUCAUGAGAUAUAUCAUGAACAAUUGCAGAAUGUUAAAGAGAGGCUGGGAUUUAAAAUUGACUCGAAGACAUCACAGAUUGAUGCUAAGAAACUUGGCUAUACAUGGACACCGCCAGGGAUCUUAACAUCCAGCAAAAUACAGCGUUAUUUUGACUUAUUGCCUCAGGAAAAAGUGCCUAAAAUUGGCUCGACAGGCGAAAAGUACCGAGACAAGCAGCUCUCGUGUCAAUUGCCACGUCAAGACCUUACAAUCAAUUAUUGCAAGCAUGUCGAUGCUGAAAAUCGAGCUUCCUAUGAUGAUUUUAUCUCUGCUAGAAAUGAAUUAGCUCUCGACGUUGGAUUUGUGAGAGAUGCAUCGACAUCUGGAAAGUGUUCAACAUGCACUGAAGUUAUCAAUCAGGGUGAGAUGUGUGUUAAUGCACCAAAAUUGAGUGAUGAAUUGAAUUUCCAUCCGCGCUGCUUCAAAUGUGAAUCGUGUGAUGAGUUACUCGUCGAUUUAACAUAUUGUGUGCAUGAAGGAAAAUUAUAUUGCGAGAGGCACUAUGCUGAAAAUUUAAAACCGCGAUGUCAUUCGUGUGAUGAGUUAAUUUUCAGUGGCGAAUAUACAAAGGCAAUGUCAAAGGACUGGCAUUCUGGUCAUUUCUGUUGCUGGAACUGCGAUGAGAGCUUGACUGGUCAACGUUACGUUCUCAGAGAUGAACAUCCAUACUGUAUCAAGUGCUAUGAAAGUGUAUUUGCAAACACUUGUGAGGAAUGUAGUACACUCAUUGGAAUUGAUUCCAAGGAUUUGAGCUACAAAGACAAGCAUUGGCAUGAAGCAUGCUUUUUGUGCAAUAUGUGCCGUGUUUCACUUGUUGACAAGCAAUUUGGAUCAAAAACUGAUAAGAUCUACUGUGGAAACUGCUACGAUUCCCAAUUUGCAUCAAGGUGCGAUGGAUGCGGUGAAGUGUUCCGUGCUGGCACGAAAAAAAUGGAAUACAAGACACGCCAGUGGCAUGAAAAAUGUUUCUGCUGUAACGUCUGUAAGACGCCAAUCGGAACGAAAUCGUUCAUUCCUCGCGAACAAGAUAUUUAUUGUGCUGGAUGCUAUGAAGACAAGUUUGCUACUCGUUGCAUAAAAUGCAAAAAGGUAAUUACAACUGGCGGCGUUACUUACAAAAACGACCCAUUCCAUAGAGAAUGCUUCGUCUGUACUCAUUGUGAGACUCCAUUGGCUGGACAACGCUUUACAAGUCGCGACGAAAAACCAUAUUGUGCUGAUUGCUUCGGUGAUUUGUUUGCCAAACGCUGUACAUCAUGCACCAAGCCUAUUACUGGCAUCGGUGGAACAAAAUUCAUUUCAUUUGAGGAUCGUCACUGGCAUAAUGAUUGCUUUACUUGCGGUUCAUGUAAGACAUCGCUCGUGGGACGUGGCUUCAUUACGGACGAGGAAGAUGACAUUAUCUGUCCCGAUUGCGCCAAAGCUAAGCUUAUGGCUUCCUAA